CUUGAAAAGCAAGUGGAAUGAUUAUCUCUUUAUGAUUCUUUUUUUGUCUUUACAGGGCUAUUUUCCAACCAUAUUCUACCCCAAACAACCUGACAAGAAGCUCUUCAACAAUCUCAAGGCACAGUGUGAUACUCUCGAUAUUCCUUUCCUCUCCUACCUCCCGUCAUCCCAGCUCAUCAAUACUUCCUAUAAUUUUGUUGUCGAUGCUCUCUUUGGCUUCAGCUUCAAAGGAGCAGUGAGGGCGCCAUUUAUUGAAGUUCUUGAGAAUCUGAAACACAUCAGCAUACCGAUAUGUAGUAUUGAUGUACCUUCAGGUUGGGAUGUAGAGGAGGGAAACCCAGAUGGUCUGAAACCAGAGUUUCUCAUCUCACUGACAGCACCCAAGAAGUGCGCUAAACUCUUCCAAGGAAAACAUCACUUUCUGGGUGGUCGCUUUAUUCCACCAGAGAUGGCAAGCCGUUAUGAACUCUCACUACCAGACUAUCCCGGUACUGAUUGUAUCGUUCAGUUAAAAUGAAAGAUCCAGGAGAAUGGGAGGGGAAAAUAUGCAUACUGGAAUUGAGGUAUAGCUAGUCUAUAGUUUAUUUAUAGGAAUAAAUGGUGUUCCUAUGUAUUGAAAAGAUAAAGAGAGAAAUACUGGAAAUAGCUAAUGAAGAUCAAAUUGCAAACAGUACGGUGUAAGAAUUCAGCUGUCUAGUAUGGGGCAGUGUUUUUCAGCCUGAUUUUCUAAAAAAAUUCUUUUGCAUCUAUGGAGUAAGAUUUUUUUUAUUUGUGCAUGUCCUGUAGAAUGCUCGGACAUCUGUAUUCAGCAAACUUGAUCCUGUUAAGCAUUUGUUUCUACUGGCUAUUUUUUAGUUAUCUCAAAUUUAAAUAGAUUUUGUAACUAAUUAUAUAUAGCCAGGAGGAAAAGUUGUGAACCAUUUGUGUAAUAAUGUAAUUAAAUUAUAUAAAGACAAAAUCAUUUUUUAACUGGUUUCCAGGAAAUUUAUUUAGCAGACUAAUGGCAACAGUAUUUAUAGGCAAAUGUGUAAGUGUUAAACAUGAUUUGUUUUAAAAAAUAUAUGUAGUGCUUUUGUAGGUAUAUCGUAAAAGUUUUUUUUUAAUCAAGAUCCUUUUUCUCAUUUGCAAGUAGUCGUUUCUCUUCUAAUGAAUCUUGACUGAACUGUGAUAUGAUUUUAAAUGUAAAACAAGUCAGUAUAGGCCUUUUUAUCAAAUUAAUUUGUAUUAAAUUUUUUAUGUAGGAAAUGUGUUUCGUUAUAAUAUUUAUUGCUUUUAAGGAAGGGUUACAAAAGUCAAAGACAGAAUGAAAUGUUAUUAUCCUGAUCAUCAAAUUAUGGAGCUUGUUUAAAUGAACAGUAGAUGGCGCUAUAACAUUUUGCAGUGAUAUUUGAAUUCACUUUCUAUUGUUCAGCUGUAGAGUUUGCAACUUUUCCUUCAAGCUUAUUAAAGCCUCUCAUUGUUGGUCACCAUUUAACAUAUGGUUAUCACAUUGAUUAUAAUUUUUUUCUUUGCAAAAUGUUUAUAGAUCAGAUGUACAAUGUGUAUAUUGGGGUGUGCAGAGCUGCCAAGUAGUACGAUUUUUCCGUAUUUAGUACGUUUUUGCAACCAAAAUACGGCAGUACGUUUUUUCUUUAAAAAAUACAUUUUUUGUAUUAAAAAAAAAAAAAAAAAAAAAAUCGAAAUUUAUUGAGAAAAAUCAUCUCUAUAUGUCUCUAUUUCAUGAAACGUACACAAAUAUGGUUAUUAGAUCAAUGUAAUUUCAGAUAACUUUUUUUUUUUUCAAUCAUUUUGUAAAAACCAGGGUGAGAUAUACACAAGUUUCAAUGUUUUUUUUUUUUCAUCUGCAAGAGCAGUGCACAUUUUAGCUUGCAUGCAGCUUGAGCGCCGUGAUGGGCGAGUGCGCCAAGCAUUUUAUUAUGAAAUACACUUUUUUUGGGAAAAAUACAAAAAAUAUUUAUCUCACACAGUAAAAAUACUGAUUUUUUUGUCAAAAUACUGAUUUUGGGAGAUAAGAAUACUGAAAAUGCAAAAUACAACUUGGCAGCUCUGGGUGUGAAUUGCAUACCACAUAAUUCCAAUAAUACAAUGUCUCCAUUUAAUCGACUUACAAGUUUUUAUUUUUAUGCAUCAACACAAACAGAUCAUUUGGUUGCUUGAUCCUGUAGAAAUUCCCAUAACACAUUCAUAAGAGUGUACUCGUUUCUCAGGCCAUACUUCAUAAGGCUGUCUCACAAAGUGUUGGGAUCAAUGCAGAUCACUCACCCUUUUAAUGAUGAUCUUAAUUGUGUGCGUUAAGUUUAGAUCAAUUACAAAUUUGUAAUUUAUCUGCAUCAGUCACAACCCUUUUUAAGACAGACACUAGGGUGUUCCAUGCACAUUGCCAUCAGAACCUCGGUCACACCAUUGUGUAUUGAGCCCCUGCAUUUCAUUUCUUUGUGCAAACAGAAAACAAAUGACUUUGACAUGUUGUUGACUGGAACUAUGUAGUCUCUGUACAAAGCGAUUGACAACUACCAAAUUCAGUAGCCAACAGGUUAAUGGGAGUUGGAGUUCGACAGGUAUCCAAAUUGGUUUUGGUAAAGGCCUGAGAAAAGUUUGGACAUGGCCAAAAUAUCAAAUUUCUUGCUAGGUUCCAUUUUGUUUCUUGAUUAUCAAUGUACACAGAUCAUAAAUACAAAGAAAUUUUAUGUGACUUGGCCGAGUAGACCGUAUUUUCUUGUGCAUACAUGUAAAGUAUUUGAUACAAGUUACCAGUCAGAUGUUAAUAUAAUUAUACAUGUAUUUUUAGUUUUGCCAAAAUGGAUGCUGUGAUUACAGUUUUGGUUCAAAUAAAUAUUCAUGGAAUAAUCAGUAAAUUAUUAAGAAAUAAUCUUAAUGAUUUGGAUUAUUCUUUAAAUUCAUAAGAAGGCAAACUGUUUGAAAUUUUGCCUGGUGUUUGUGACAGAUUCCACAGUAUUUAAUGAAGAUAAGGUUCCUACCAAGAUUCAACAAACACAAUUUUGUGAAUUCUAAGUAAAGUUACAACUCUUGUUUCAUUUUACUCCUUCAUAUCAUCAUCAAUGUUUGUUCUGGAUGGCUCAAAUGUAUGAAUCUGCCUAUAUGCCAAAGGCUGCACACUUGACAUUUAAAAGAUGUAGUUUGUAGAAAAUAUAAUUUUGGUCUUUCAUGAUGAUACAUGUAUGUAGCUUGAUUCUGUUUCUAAACUCUUGAAGAAAAAAAAUAUGUGUUGAUUGAUUCAGAAUAUUCAUUGUAGUAAAUAUAUGUAAACUCAUGUACAAAUAAAUAAGUAAAAAAAGGUAAUGUACAUAAUUAAAAGUACAAACAUUCAA